AUGGUUAUCCCCAUCCGUGUCUUUUUGUCACCUAAACCAUGUAAUCUUGCUCUUCCUCUUCACCAUUUUCCUCGACAACAUCGGUGUCAUGGCCUUUUUGGUGCUAACCUUGGUAACACCGGCAUUCGGGAUGAUGUCGCCGACAUUUGUCAAAGGAAGCGUUUCGGCAUUCGUCCAAGGAAGUGUAUCCUGAAAGGAAGGAUUGAUGAUCAAAUGUCAGGGCAGCGAGAAACGCUAGCCGGAUUAACACUUGACGACGUCUUAGCAAAGCAGAAAGCAUUUUACCACUCACAAUCCAACACCAAAACCCUCCUUGAUAUCCUCAAAGACGACGUCUCCUUCAAUAAGAACCGCAAGUCUUGGAAAGCAUUCAAGGACACGCUUCUGCUAAAGCGUUACGGCUCUGCUUGGACUCGAAUUCCCACUUCCGACAUUCCCAUCUCAUUCUGCCGCCGCACCUCUCUCAAACACUUUCAAUCCAUGGCUGACAACACCGACAACGUUGAUGAAGUCCCAGCCUUACCUCCCGCUUCACUCGCACCCAAGGCCACCUUCUCCCGCCGGAGUUCCACCCGCUACAGCUCCCCGUCCGAGGUCACAUUCACUGCCGGCGAUCCCACGGAGCCGGCCCCUGCCGGCAGCGCGCUACUCCGGCCUCAGCUUUCGCGACGGAACUCCUCCGGCAUGGUGUCGGAGCCAUUCCGGAAGGGCCGCGUGGUGACGUUCCGGGACAACUUGGACGACGAGGAGCAGGACGAGGAGGACGGGUCACGUGCGGAUGGCAGCAGGACACUAUCAGCAAGAGAGGCGGUUGCAGCACAGGAGGCGGCGGAGGCGGCUGCUGCAGGGGAGGUUGUUGGAGAGGGAGAGGAAGACGAGGCGACGCAGCCAGUGAUGAUGUCACUGAUGGACUUGUUGGAGGAGACUGACAGAGAGAUGGGGCUUGAAGGAUCGAGGUACAUUCUGAGUGAUGAAGAGGAUUUUGACGAGGAUGAGGAAGAUGAGGAUGGUGAUGGUGAUGACUUGGAAUACACGUGCUCAGUGUGCAUGGUGAGGCAUAAGGCUAAUGCUAUCAGCCGCUGUGGCCACUCUUACUGCAGGAUGUGCUCUAGGGAACUCAUGGCUGGCAAAGGCAACUGCCCUCUCUGCAACAAUUUCGUUGUUGAGAUUCUUGACAUCUUUUGA